UUCAUUCUGAGGUUCUUUUUUUUAACAUACGUUUAAGAACUGAGUAGCAACAGUAACUUGCAGAUACAAUUGACAUCUCGAGAGUGACGGCUCAUUUAAAAUUUUUUAUGAGAUUUGGUUGACACUGGCAAAGCCACAUGGAUUGAAGAUCCUGCGUGACCUCUUGGAUGCUGAGUUGUCUGUCCUUGAACAACUGUCUAUGUGGUGACGGUACACCUCACAAUGGUGGGGACUUUUGUCAGCCUUGAGAUGCAGUAGCCUGAGGAAAUGACUGACCACAAAGGCAUCUUUUGCGAACACCAAAACUGAUCACUCUCAGUGUCUCGGUGUCUGAAGACAAGCAACUCUGAACUCGACAAAUUGCUCUGGAGAAAAGGUACACCUUCUGCUGGCCAUGCAUCCCUUAAAGUGGUCACUUCCGCUGAUGGCUGCACUUAGUUGCUGGGCAGGCGACAAAGACGAGGUUUCGGUGUCACAGCAUCCCAGCGAAAUCAACGCGUCGGUUGGAAUGGCAGCAGUGAUUGCCUGUGAGGCCAACUACCACAGAGGAACUCCUGAACACACAGACAUGUACUGGUACAAAGGUGACAGGUGGAAUCAGCCAAUCCUGGCCUUUUCAAAGGACUCCAAGUCCCUGUCCAGUCAAGACAACCACCUGUAUGUGCGUGGCAAUCUCUCCAAAGUUUAUAGCAUCCUGGUCAUUGACAAUCUGACACUGAAUGACUCUGGGGUUUACGUUUGUGAGGUAUCAGUCUCUCUACCUCCACCUCAUGUGAAUGGAUAUGGACAGGGAACCAGAUUAACAGUGCACGAGUCAAAUUCAUGUCAGACAUCGAAGGCCCCGCAAGAGAUGUGGCAACAUACAAUUUUUCUAGCCAUUUUGGCUUACAGCCUAGCUAUCACUAUCACGACAGUGUUACUUGGUGUCUUCGUGUGCGUUCAUAAGCAUCCUAAGGGCAAGCCGAAUUAUAAAGAAGCUCUCAAAGGUCAAGAGGAAUCCAACCUGGCUUCUUUCAGAGAAUGUGCGUUAACUUUGAGUACAGACCGGGCCAGAGAGGCACAGAAUCAGGAGUAUGAAGACAUGGCACUCAUCAGAACCAUCAGUCAGACACCAAGAUAAUGCAAGUUAACAAUGCAAAUUCUAUAGUGUGCAGUCCUAAGCUAUCCGGUUGGCUAUUCCACAUAUAUUUGAAGAACUAAAUUCCCUCUGUAGAAUUUCAGCUGCACUGCAUUAGUCUUUAUUUAGUAUGGGUUGGUGAAUAUUAAUGUGAACUGUCCUAAUUUGGAAAUAUACUAUGCUCAAACCAGGAAAUCACCAGGAAAAGGCUAGAUUAGCAAAGAACUGGCAUCAGACAGCACUAGAAGCUGCUUGAAAGAACUGCUUAAUUAAUCCAAUUCCUCCUUAGAAAAGAUUUACAAGGAAGUUGCCAGGAUUGGAGACUAAAUUUAUUUAGGAUAUCCGGUCAGCAUGGACAAGUUGUACCAAAAGGUCUGAUUCCAUGCUGUACGUCUUAAUGACCCUAUGACUUGGCUUUUACUACAGAAUCACAAAAUAGGUCCAGAAUGGAAAAGGGCCCUUCAGCCCAUCGUGUCUGUGCUGGUUAUCAAGCACCAAUCUCCUCAAAUCCCACUUUCUAGGUCACAAACAGAAAUUGUUGGAGAAACUCAGCAGAUCCUGCAGCAUCUAC